AUGGAUAAUCUGAAGAAUUUAUCCAGCAAUUAUGCAAAUGAAAUCAUUUAUGAAAGUUGGGAAACAAUAAUUAGGGUUUGUAAUGAGGAAGAUGAUGAACUCAAGACGGAAUUACGAAAAGGUCCUUGGACUUCUGAUGAGGACUCUAAGCUUACUUCCUCCGUAGCUAUCCAUGGUGAAGGACGUUGGGAUUGUCUUGCUAGUCUUGCUGGGCUGAAACGAUCAGGGAAAAGUUGUAGGUUAAGAUGGCUAAACUAUUUACGUCCAAAUCUGCGACGUGGUACUUUCACCCUAGAAGAACAACUUCUCAUCCUUGAACUUCAGUUUCGUUGGGGAAACAGAUGGUCUAAAAUAGCUGAAAGUCUACCGGGAAGAACAGAUAACGAAAUCAAAAACUAUUGGAGGACCAAGGUACAAAAGCUAGCAAGACAAUUCCGAUGCAACGUAAAUAGCCCAGAGUUUAGGGAUGCUUUACGAAAUAUAUGGAUCCCAAGGUUGGUUGAACAAAUUCAAGCUAAUGCAAUAUCAAAUCACAAGGAAGCACAAAAUGAAAGCCCAACGUAUGACUCCGGAAUUGCGUUGCAUCAUAAUAUUUAUACUACCAAUAACAAUAUUAAUAAUAAUAACUCAGAAAAUUGUUGCUUCGUUGAUGGUCCCACAUUUUGGGCUUCAACAUGUUUGGACCAAUCUGUGGUUGGGCCUAAUUAUGUGGGUUCUCAGCCCAUUAUCUCUUAUGAUGAGGCCCAUAUUUUUUCUGAGUCCAAUUCAUCGGCUGAAUUGGAUCCAAACUGGGAGGAGAUCCAUGAGAUCUUAAUGGAUAGUGUUAAUGAUGUGGAUUAUAUCUGGUUUUGGCAACCACAAAUAGAUUAG